GCUUUUACGUAGCAGUGUAGCAAGUUGACGCGGAUUGCUGACCUGAUCUGAUAUAUGAUAAUUCGAGGCAACCAACUCAUUACCUACCUAAUACAUUAAUGAAGUAUCUUACCAAGUUACUCGAGCAUCCUCGUCUAAGACUAAAGACUAAUAUGAUGAUGAUGUUGUCUUUUUGAAUUGGGCAUCAAAUUUCCAAUUCCUUCUCCUUGGCGAUCUCUCGCGAUACUUCGAUUCAGCUAGACUUUUUUUUUUUUUUUCGUUCCUUUGUUAAUUAAUAGCUCGGAAGACCUGCGAACCGACCGUCCUCCUUAUUAACUCUUCAGGACUAGCCACGCGCGAUGGCCCAAGAUACAUUAUCAAAUGCGAAUUCCGCCGGCGCUCCGAUACAGCCGUCUUCGAAAGGCCCUGCCGCCGCUCCGAAGCUCAACUCGCAAGAGAUGGAGAUGGGUAACCUUCCUAGCGGCGAUCCGCCCCCGUCCGAACCGGAUAUUAUGCAGAUUGCUAGAGUAGGGGAUAUAGUAGCUAUGGAAAAGCUUUUUGAGACGUCGGAUUUUGACGCGACUUAUACAGACGACGAGGGCAUCACGCCGCUACACUGGGCAGCUAUUAACAACCAGUACGCGAUGUGCAAGUUCCUCAUCGAGAAAGGCGCCGACAUAAACAAGAAAGGAGGCGAGAGCGUCGCGACGCCGUUACAAUGGGCUGCCCAACGAUCAAACUACUACACCGUCAACCUUCUCCUCCAACACGGCGCCGAUCCUCUCAUUACCGACGCACAAGGUUACAAUACUCUUCACAUCUCGACAUUUAGCGGAAACGUCUUGUUGGUAGUAUUAUUGCUACACCAAGGCAUUCCCGUCGACGUAGCCGAUUCUUACGGGCAUACGUGUCUCAUGUGGGCUGCAUACAAGGGCUUUCCUCAAUGCGUAGACCUCUUCCUGCGAUGGGGUGCGAGCGUGCACGCGACCGACGAACAAGGCUUCACAGCGUUACAUUGGGGUCUAGUCAAAGGUUCACCGCUAUGUAUACUUAAGCUUCUGGAAUACGGCUCGGACCGCUUCGCGAAGACGGGCACGGGGAAGACUCCCGCGAUAACAGCGAAGGAUCUCAAUACCGUCAACGCCUGGCAUAGAGCCUUGAAAGAAUGCGGCUAUGACGAGGACGGGCACGUCGUAACUCCCUGGUGGCCCGGCUCGUCUUUCUUUCUCAAGGACAAGCGCGGGUUUAUGAAUAAAGCCUUGUUUCUCUUGCCCAUCCCGCUACUAUUCACCGAGCUAGUAGUCAUGGCUCACUUGCCUGUAAUAUUGUCGAUACCAAUCGCGCUCCUGAUCGGGUUCGGCUUCCAGUGGGCUACCAAUCAGAUUCUCGAGUAUGCCCCCCCAGAUAUGAGACAUCUGCAUAAGACGCCUUGGCUAGCAGGAAUCUUUGCGGCAUCUUUAUUUUUGGUAGGCGUAAGGUGGAUUUUGACGAUAUUCCCUGCGACGUUUUCGCAACAUCCGCUCCUCAACUUCACAUUUCUCUUCUUCUACAGCCUGACGGCUUACUUUUAUGCGGCGUGCAUGGUCUUCGACCCCGGAUACGUUCCCAAGCUCAACGGGAUCGCGGAACAGAAAGCCGCAAUCGACGAGUUGUUAAGCUUGUGGAAAUUCGACGAGUCUAACUUUUGCGUCACAUGCAUGAUUCGGACUCCUCUGAGGAGUAAACACUGCAGGCGAUGUCAACGGUGCGUUGCGAAGCAUGACCAUCACUGCCCCUGGGUAAAUAACUGCGUCGGCGUUAAUAAUCACCGGCACUUCUUCCUCUACCUCGCCAACCUCGUCUUCGGUAUCGUUUUCAUCGAUUGGCUGUUGUAUUAUUACUUUUCCGAGCUCCCCAAAUCGGCCUCGAAGGGAGAAUGCUUCAUCUUGGCCGAAUCUAUAUGUGCGGUCGUCAAUGGCGAUCCGUAUACGGUACUACUCGGCAUAUGGACAACGCUGCAGCUUACGUGGGUGGGUAUGCUUAUUUUCGUACAUUUUGUUCAGGUCGCACGUGCUAUGACAACGUACGAAAAUAUGUACGGUAUUCAAGACGGCUCGGCGUCAUCGCUAGUGUCGGCUUUCACGAGCACCGGAGCACCCCUCGACCCGAACCAUCCCGAUGCUGCGGCUCCCCCGUCCGCGGCUGACGAUCCCCUGGGAACCGGCAAAGGUGCGCACGCGCAUAAGCACAAGGGGUUUCUAAAGCAGUGGGGUAGGCUCCUCGGUGUCGACACGUUCAUCGAGACGGCCACAGGUCGGGGCGCCGCUACCGGGAAGACGAUGCGGAAGAAGCGUAACCCCUAUAACAAGGGCUUGGUACAGAACUGUCGCGACUUCUGGUGCGACCCGGCACCCAUAUUUGGGCGCAGGGAGACGGGCGACGCGAUGUUAAACGGCGAGAGGAUUAACUACACGGAGAUUUAUGAGAGCCCGGCCGCAAUGAGCCUGGGGCUAGGCGGCGCAGUUUCAAGCGGGCGGAGGAGAGGCGGGUACGAAAGCGUAGCCGGUGACGAGGUGUAACGAGCGAUUGUUUUAAAUGGCGACAUGAUAGAUCACUGAGGUUUAUGACUUGGCGACGCCGAAUAUCGGGUUGAAGACUCGAUGGCAAGUAACGAGUUACUUAUUCCUAACGGCUCAGGGAAUAAGGAAUCAGCGUGUACAUUAUUGACUUGCGAUAUCUAACAAUCCUAGUGAUGUACAAUGAAAGCGCAGACAUUUCGGAGAUGUUGUCAGCAUUCAAUUGUCUUCCGUGCUCCCGUAUGAUAAGUUCAAUAUCAGAUUUGUGUUUACUAUGUACAUAUGGUAAGUAAC